AGAGGCUUCUGCCGCGCAGGGAGAAGAAGAUCGUGCAGAAUAAAACCUGAACUCUACUCUAGUCGUUUGUAUGCUGACCGAAGGAACCAAAAAACUUAAUCUGAUAACUUCCCAUAAUGGAUAUGCAACCGGAUCCCGCACUUACUUAACAAGCGCGUACCCGCUGGAGAGGUUUAAUGCCUGCUGUUCGCGGUCUUAUUAGUGCCACGGUAGAUUUAAGUGCACCGCGUUAAGCGAUAGGGGAAUUAAUACGGACGGACUGUGUUUUUCCGAUCAAGGAUCUACCCCAGCUCCCCCUCGCAGGGAGGCAGCCCCAGCAGGAGUCUCUGGUGGUCGGGGCUGAGUCUCCAGACCUCCCGGGGAAGGAGGCGCAGCCAGGCCGGGGAAGGAGCCCCUUAUCCCCGCAAGCUGCCUCCCCCUGCUCCGAGGCCUCGGCGGCGAGGCCACAAUGCUCGACAUAAUGUCCGAUCACCAAGAUUCACUGUUGACAUGUAAAACGGAACCUCUGCCUCCAGAGAGGAAAAAGAGAACCGUGGAAGACUUCAACAAGUUCUGCAGCUUUGUCCUGGCUUAUGCCGGGUACAUCCCAAGUCCAAAAGAGGAAAGUUCCUGGUCCCCAACUUCAUCCAGCUCUGCUCACAGUUCCGGGUUGUCGGGAGAUGGAGGUGGUGGAGGCAGCAGCUCCAUGGGUAACACCUGGCCGGACGGGAGCUCCGACAUCCACACCAUCCACACCUUUGUCCGCAAAGCUCGAGCAAACAAGGGCAAAAAUGUUCGCCGCAUGCACUCUGAUAGCACUCUCCUGGACAAGAUGCGCCUGAAAGACUCCCUGUACGAGAACCAGGCCAGCACAAAGGCCGAGCGUAAGAAGGACAAAAAACUGAAAAAGCUGUCUCUUGGCUCUGCUGUGACUGCAGCAGAUAGCGGCAGCAGCGAAAGCGAGAAAAGGGCACGCAUCAAGCGCAGCAAAAACCCCUCCAAACAGCCCAAAGCAAAGAAGCUCAAGAGCGCAGCCGUUCAAAGCGAGACGGACUCCGAGGCGCGGAAUACACACACCGAUGUAAAAGCUGACAGAGAGGAGCUGGAGCUGCACGGGGGCCCCACCUCAAGCAUGCAGGGAUUGGGGAAAAUGCAGCCAGACGAAUCCAUUAGGGAAACAGAGAUGAGCUCCAGUGAGGGCGAGACAUGGAUUGCAGAUGAAGACAUUAUGGUGGAGUCAGGGGACGAUUCAUGGGACUUGAUUACCUGUUACUGUGGGAAACCAUUCGCGGGACGACCUAUGAUCGAAUGCAACCAGUGCAGCAUAUGGGUGCAUUUGUCAUGUGCGAAGAUCAAAAAGUCAAAUGUUCCAGACAUCUUUUACUGCCACAAGUGCAGAGACUUGCGGCGGUCGUCGGGGCACAAAAAGGACACUUAGGGGUGACGGGGACUGAAGGGAGGAGCACCCCUCCUGUUUCUGCUGUUCUCUGACACUUGCUUACUUGGAUGCCUAGAGCCAAAACAGCCUAAAUAAUCACAUGGACGACAACUGCAUCGUCAGUUGAUGGGAUUUAUUUUGACAAUCGCAACCAUUCUUAUUAAUCCCUGUUUUGUUUUUUUCUUUCUUUCUCUUUUUUUUUUGGCUACUGUGAAGAACUGGACGGAAGACAGUGAUGGUUGAGAAUAAUUUGUUUAAUGAUUCCUCCAUUAAUUGGCGUUAUCUACUGUGCUGGUGAUGUGCACAUGCAUCUUUUAUUACUUAUUUCUUACUCAUUCAGGGAGCUUUUUGUCUUGUAAAUUAGCCUCUGAAUGAGUACAGUUCACAGUUUCUUAGCCAUUGUUUGUUAAACUUAAAAAACCAAUGCCAUUGUUUCUAAACUUAAAAACCAAUGCAAGUUUUACACACUGACAAAACUAUAGCUUAUAUAUUGUAUUUCUUGAGGGAUGGAAAAUGUCACUCCCGUCAUUUGUUUGGAAUACGUCAUACUGCUUGAUGGGCAGCUCUUUUUUUUUUUUCUUUCUCUCCUUUUUUCUUUCGAUUCAAAUUUAUUUUGAGGGUCUUUUCUUUGUCAGUGAUCACCACUGAACCUGAAAAUGUAAAGUUCUCACUCCUUUUUAAGAAAUAAUUCAACGUAUAAAAUCUUUCAUGGAGCUGAUUUCUUUUUUUUUUUUUUUUUUUUAUUUUAAGUUGCAUACAAGACAACUGUUUCAGCCAAGCACUUUGAAAAUACUAAUUCUUAUCUAUGGUUUUGGCUGCAGGCAUGGCUGUCGAUGGGGAAUUUGAGCUACAGUUGAAAAAAAAAAUCUGUUCAUGGCUGCAUUUAUUCAUGACCGAACUUUUAAGUUUUCUUUUCUUUUCUUUUCUGGCUCAUUAAUCACUGAUGAGCCAUCUACCAUGAACAAAUUAUACGGCAGAAUAUAUUUAAUUUUUUGUUGUGUGUGUGUGUGUGUGUGUGUGUGUGUGUGUGUUUUGUCAAGUCAUCUGAAAAGAAGGGGCUUAACAUUGCUGUAAGACAACUGGUUACGGUGCUUUGUUUUUUUCAAAGUGGCGCUGAAGCUUGUUUAUAAAAAUGGUUGUAAGAUGUUUGUUUUACUAUUUCACGUUAUGGUUUAUUUCUUAGCUUUCUGAGAAACGGGAUUACAGAUGCACCUGCAUCAGAGGAAGGACACGAGAUUGUCUCACGCCAGGAGCAAGUUAUAGUGUACAGAAAAAAAGAAAAAAAAAAGUCGAGGCUGCGUAGGUUUUGGCAUUUGUUUAUUUUUGUUUUUACCAUGUGCUUUUUUUGUUUUGUUUUUUGUUGGGAGAGUUUUUGCAAGUCUUUAGUAGCAGUUGCACUCUUCUGUACAAUUUCAAUUCUAUGUACAUAUCCUGUUCUUUGACAACUGUACAUAUGUGAAAGUGAAGAGAAUACUCAAGCAAAUUCUAUAUUUUCUGCAGUCUAAUAUUGUUUUCUUUAAUUGUAGCUUGGAAAAUAAAAUUCUUUGAAAUGAUA